AUUUUCUUGUCUUAAAAUCACCACUAUAUCACCUUUGUAAGGUAGAAAUGUAAUAAACAAAGGUAAACAUGUCUAUAACCAUUUUCUAUUGGAUAAUAAGGAAAAUUUGCAUUGUCUAUAAUUAGAGGAAAUAAUGAAUAAUGUGUGGUACAGGUUCAGAUCUACAACUUAUUCACCUGGUAUUUCUAAUAUUUCGAUGUAAAUUGAGCACCUUCAUGAGUCCCUGGAAUCAACCGGGAUUUUUCCGGGACUUUUUCGUUUAUCAAAAAAAUUAGCAAUAAAGUUAUUUAUAACAGAUACGGGGGAAAAAAACGGCACAUGUUGCUUUAAGGGGAGGUUUGUCUGACAGAUUGAAAAGCGGUAUUAAUAAAGCAGGAUGCCUUUAGCUCAGAUAAAAAGAGAUAUCGGAUAUCAUGGUGAGUCUGCAUUGACCUGCAGUGAUUAUAAAUCGAAAGGUGAUGAUGAGCAACCUGCUGAUGAAGAACUGGAGCUGGAAUACAAACACUGAACUGCCAGAAGCAGAAUGCUUGGCUGUGGCCAGCAGGAUGCCGUUCUGCAGUCAGGAGGAGCAGGAGUCAUCUCUUGGCCUGCUAAGUGUCGCUGAGCUCAGUCUGGGCCUGCAGUCACUCAGCCUGCCCUGGGAGCAGCCAUGGAACUGCACUGAACCUGAACUUCCAGCCAGGCCCAGCUCUCCUGAAAACAUGCUUGGGUUGUGGCCUAGUUCUCUCACCGAUGCCCUGGACACUCUGCAGGGUUUUCCAAGCCAGAACACUUUUGCUGGAGGUGACCUAUUGGAAUAUUUUCCCAGCCUGACCCGCAUGACGGAGUCCCUUUCUCUGCUAAACUCCGGAUCUAGCAGUCCUGUCGACUCUGAGACCAGCCCUAUUUCGUCUGGAUCGGACCACCUGACCAGUUUACGGAUCUCUCCUCCGAUGAAAUUCCACCUGUUUGACAGUCAGAAAGAGGCUCUGUUGCCUAGCAGAGGACAGCGAGAAGACUCCAUCUCUCCACUCGUCCCUGCUCUCCCUGCAGUACUUGAAGAGUCACUGGCUAAAUGCUGGACCAGAACAGCACCCUGGUCCAGGUGGAGCACCCAGAACGCACAGGAUUCAUUCAGCAUCGAGACUAAGGCUCAGCUGCACAGACAGGCUGCAGCAACAAAUGAAGCUACUUGUACCUGGGCUGGACAACUGCCCCCACGCAUCUACAAAAACCCCAUCUACUCCUGUAAAGUGUUCCUAGGAGGAGUGCCAUGGGAUGUCACAGAGAGGUGUCUUCUGAACACAUUUAAUUUGUUCGGAUCUCUAAAAGUGGAGUGGCCUGAUAAGGAUGGUAAACACUCUCAGUGCCCACCUCAAGGUUAUGUGUACUUAGUGUUUGAUUUGGAGAAAUCAGUGAAGGCUUUGCUGCAGGCCUGCAGCCAGCGUCACCUGCAUCCUACAGAUUACCUGGAGUACUAUUACAAGAUUUCUAGCAAGAAGAUACGCUGUAAGGUGGUGCAGGUGAUCCCGUGGGUGAUCACAGACAGUAGUUUUGUGUGCUCCCCCUCGCUGCGGUUCUUUCCCAGUAGAACAGUGUUUGUUGGGGCUCUGCAUGGCAUGCUGACGGCUGGAGAUUUAGCCCACAUCAUGAAGGAACUGUUCGGGGAGGUCGUGUACGCCGGGCUUGACACGGACAAGCACAAAUAUCCAAUAGGGUCUGGACGUGUGACAUUCAGGAACCAGAAGAGCUACCUGAAAGCACUGACGGCUGCAUUUGUGGAAAUCAAGACAACCAAAUUCUCCAAGAAGGUUCAGAUUGAUCCAUACCUUGAUGACUCCAUGUGCCAAAUAUGUAAUUGUCAGCCAGGCCCAUUCUUCUGUAGAGAUCAGACUUGCUUUCAGUACUACUGCCGCUCUUGUUGGCACUGGCAUCACUCAGUAGAUAUGCUGAGCAGUCACCGGCCUCUGAUGCGCAACCAGAAGAACCUGAACCCAAGCUAAACAGCCGAUGCAAAUUGUAUUUCUGCCGCUAGCCCUGAGGUUUUUGGGCUCACUUGACCCCCUGCGAUUUAACCGUGCCAUUUUCUCUGCGGCUCACCGGAACCGAGUCAGAGAACGACUAGAAAGUUCAUGUUUCACUGCUUUUUUUCUUUUUUGCUGUUCACUUGUUCAUGAAGGCACUAUGUAGAGUGACAUGCCAAGUGAUGGUGGCCCAUUUGCACCAUUACCUGGGCAACCAUCACCAUGGAGAGAACUCCAGAUUUCUGCGGGUGGCAACUAAAUAAAACCCGCCUUGAUUUUUAGGUUGUUUUUCUUUUUCUUUACAUCUUUGUGUAUGAAGCGGCAAAUGCAUGGCAUCUAUAUUUAUUGUUUAGCAUUCAAGUCAAGUAGCAUUUAUAUUGCCAGUUUCAGUACAUUAUCAGUACAUUAUUAGUAUUAUUACUGAUUAACCUUAGGCCAAAAGCCGUUUUAGCUAGACAUUAAAAAUGUUACUUUUUUACAUACUUAUAUUUCUGGCUUUACUGGAUUAAGAUGUGGAUGUCAUUACACUAUGGAUCAUUUCUAACUAUGAUGGAGUGGGUAUUUUUAGUUUCACCUUAACCCUUCAGAAACGUUAAUGUGCAGCAGCAUUAAAUAUCCCACAUGUGGCUGCCAUUGCUGGUUAGGAACAGACUGUAGACUGUACAUAGUUUUAAUCGAAUUGUUGCACUUUAUUCAAUUGCACUUCAGGGAAAGGGGGACAUGUAGUUUUAAAUUUACUCUUGUACAACUAUUGAAUGGGAGAGUUGUUUAAGCAUGAUGCUUUAAUUUACUGAUACUGUUUCUGGUUCUGUUCCAAGUGAAUUGAGCUAACUCUGGUUCAAGGCCUAUUGAUUGUAAAGCGUUCUAGAUCAAAUGCAAUUUAAUUCUUAGUUUUAUUUAAGAUUUACGGCUUAUGUGCCAAAGAAAGAUCUAGUCUCUGUCUGUCUGUCUGUCUGUCUGUCUCUCUCUCUCUCUCUCUCUCUCUCUCUCUCUCUCUCUCUCUCUCUCUCUCUCUCUCUCUCUCUCUCUCUCUCUCUCUCUCUCUCUCCUUUGUUUUUCAUUGAGGUUUGUUGUGCUGAGCUUGUUGCCUGGUCCAACUGCUUUUUUAUUUUUUUGAGUCUAAAAAUCUCUACCUCAUUGGUCUGCGAGUGUUGCCAUGGUUAAAUAACUUGGAGGUUGUUCCAGUUGGGCACAAUAAAGUUGUUGAAGCAU